CUUUCAACGAUGGAGAACGGCGAAGUCGAGCAAAAUGACGUCUCCUCCGACUCGUCACCGCUGGUGGCGGAUUCUUCUCCGAACGAGGAACUCAAGAAGCUGCUUCAAUUUAAAGUGUACAAGAGGAGAUGGCUGGUCCUCCUAGUACUUUGCCUGCUUAACUGCUCCAAUGCCACGCUAUGGCUAACCUUUGCACCAGUGGCGGACCAAUCUGCCGAGUACCUGAAGGUCACCUUGGCCGACAUUAACUGGUUGUCGGUGGUCUACAUGGUGGUGUCAAUUCCGCUCAGCGUCGGCACAACCUGGAUGCUGGACACUGUCGGCCUGCGCUUCACGAUCGUCCUGGGCGCGUGGCUGAACAUGCUCGGUGCAGUCCUGCGCAUCUGCGGAGGUCCGCCCGAUGGCUUCAAGAUCCCUUACGAGUUGGUGAUGGCGGGCCAAACGCUGGCGGCGCUAGCGCAGCCGCUCAUCAUUUUUACGCCCACCAAGAUGGCAGCGCUGUGGUUCCCAGACCACCAGCGGGCCACAGCUAACAUGAUGGGCUCCAUGGCCAACCCGCUGGGACUUCUGGUGGCGAACGUGGUGUCUCCCGCUAUUGCAGACAAGGCCAGUCAAAUCCCAAGACUUAUGUUGGCUUACGCCGUUCCGGCUUGCUUCAUCUGCUUCCUGGCGACGGUGGGCAUACGUAGCAGUGCCCCACCGACGCCGCCGUCUGCCAGCGCUGAAUUCUCGACCUCCGAACCCUUCAUGAAGGGCGUCAAACUGCUACUGAAGAACCGAGCGUAUGUUUUGCUGCUGCUGUGCCUCGGCUCUGGCAUAGGAGUUUUUACGUGCUUCGCCACGCUGCUGGACCAGAUCCUAUGCGUACAGGGAUACACAAAUGACUUCGCUGGCCUAUGCGGCGCCCUCUUCAUCGUCUUCGGCAUUGUGGGCGCCGCUCUCCUGGGGCUCUACGUGGACAAAACCAAACGCUUCAUUGAGGCCAUCAAGAUCAACAUGUCCCUUUCCGCCUUGGCGGGCAUCGCUUUCUCCGUGCUGUGCCUGAUGCAGCGGCAGAACGUCGCCGUGGCUAUCGUGUGUUCGCUCUUCGGCUUCUUCGGGUAUUCUAUUUACCCGGUGGCCAUGGAGCUUUCCGUUGAAUGUUCCUAUCCGGUGGGAGAAGCUUCCACGGCAGGGCUCAUCUUCAUCUCCGGACAAAUUUUCUCAAUCUGCUACACCGUUCUACUCCAGUCUGUGGCCACGCCCCUCGCCGAAUCGCCACGCUCGACGUGCGGAGUUGCACCUCAGAGCUGGAAAGUAUCCAUGAUGGUGCUAGCAGCGCUAACCACCUUCUUCACCGCACUCUUCGUCAUCGUCUUUCACACGCGAUACAAGCGGCUAGAAGCCGAAAAGGACGCCACCUGUAGGCGCAAGCGGGGCUACGGAUCGAGCGCUCCUGCCGCUCCUGACCCGGCCAGCAUAAACGCAUGA